AUGGUCAACCAGAGCCCCUUGCUGAGCAAGUUUGGCACCAUCCUAGGGGCGAAGAAGCAGAGUUUGGUUGUAAAUCCGGUUACAAUCCCCGAUCUGGAUUCGGAUCUUGACCUUAUCAUGAACUCUCUCGACAAGAAAGCCAGACCGGAUCGGAAUCCCCCAGGUGAGGAUAUUUUCAGUAAGCUCCCAGUUGAGCUGCGACACGAGAUUUUUGAACUUCUUCCCGCUGGCUCUAUUCUUGCUCUGAAGGCUGCGUCCUCGACGAUGCAUACCACAACCUUACGCGCCGAGAUUUGGAAACAAAGGCUCAGAAGAGAAGUACCAUGGCUCUGGGAGAUUCACGAUGUCGAUGUUUUUCAAUCCCAAUAUUUCGAAGGCAAAACUUCCAAGCUACUUCUGGAUAUUGAUAAGAAGAGUAAGUACACAUCAGAGAAUGAUGAUUACAUCUUUGGACUUGCCAAUCGGAGGCGAAUUUGGGGGGUCUGCGAACAAAUACGUACUCAGUACUUCGAAAAGCUCGGGGGUAUUUCCAACACAGACAGCUAG